UCUCUCGACACAAAAACAGACACACCCACACACUCACCCCUUCGCUUUCUCUUUCUCUAGAAGCCAGCCAUGACGAGCCCCUCUGCUUCUUCUCGCAAGACGCUAAGCAAGAUCGCAACGAAUCGUCUACAAAAAGAGUUAAUGGAAUGGCAAGUUAAUCCACCUACUGGAUUUAAACAUAAAGUCACUGAUAAUUUACAAAGAUGGGUAAUUGAAGUGAACGGUGCACCGGGGACUUUAUAUGCAAAUGAAGUAUUUCAACUGCAAGUUGAUUUUCCUGAACAUUACCCUAUGGAAGCCCCACAGGUUAUCUUUGUUCCUCCAGCUCCACUUCAUCCACACAUUUAUAGCAAUGGUCAUAUUUGUUUAGAUAUCUUGUAUGAUUCAUGGUCCCCUGCCAUGACUGUCAGUUCUGUAUGCAUCAGCAUCCUUUCCAUGUUAUCAAGCUCUACUUCUAAGCAACGUCCGGCCGAUGAUGAACGCUAUGUGAAGAACUGUAGAAAUGGAAGAUCUCCCAAGGAGACAAGAUGGUGGUUCCAUGACGAUAAAGUAUAGAGUUAUGGGUCAAAGUCUGUAAAACAAAGUCCCUCUCUUUUAUUUAUAAAGGGUGUGGUUCUUUUUCCUUCCUUUUCCUUUCCAUCUCUAUCCCAAAAAGUGAUGAACAAAACUUUACAUUAAACAGUCUAACUUAAGCAUGUGGCUCCUGUGAAGAUUGGUGUGACUAUGGGUCAACAAUGAAUCCCUUAUGUACUUGUAAAGUGGUAAGCAUUUUCUAAUGCAAGGUCACAAACUUCUACA